AUGGCUGGUGGGCCGAGAAAUUUGGUGGAGCUAUUCUCUGUCGAUUGUGGAGUCCGAUUCAAAAAUCUUACUGCGCUAGAUAUUUCAUCCCCUUUCAUCUUCUACCCGCAAACAAAAACCAUUGUCAGUUUAAUUCAGCGGUUUCCCCAUGUUGCAAGCUUAUCUAUCCCGAUCACAAAGGAACUUAUCAACGAAGCAAAUUUCAAAGCAGCGGCUAUGAGACUCGAUAAACUCGAAGCAUUGACAUUCAGUAUUCGAUGGCCGUCUUGGGUUUUAGACGCCCACACAGCCGAUCUCUCGGCGCUUUGGGGGAUAAUUAAUACCAAUUCGGUAUCUUUGCGUUCUUUAAGGAUAAAUCUUUACGAGUCUAGUCAGGUGGCAGACAGGCCCCGACGAGCGUCAGACCCAUGGCCACCGAAGGUAUGGCAUAACCGCGAUGCCUUUUUAAUGCGUUUAAUGCUUUCAAGACCCCCAAGCAGCUUGCCCCAGGGCUUUUUCCCAACAAGCCCGUUGGACUGGCCAAAUAAACUCAAUCUGAAGUUGUUACAGCUGCAAGAAUUUUCAUUCUGUGUCCGGACAGGGUUAGGAAAUAAGCUAAGCUUACUAAAUCUAGAAGCUCUAGAGGCCUUCAGCCUAUUAAUGUCUGGUUACGGUUGUCGUUUAGUCAAUGAGAUCGCUACGGAUCUUGUAAACUUGAGAUACCUGCAGCUUGAUGACCCCUUCGCACCCGCAACAUCGUUCGCAAGAUUGUUUCGACGAUUACCGAGACCUUUGGAGGCGUUAUAUCUCACAAUACCGAGACCCCAUCAAGAUCUGCCAUUCGAAUUAACUUGGCUUAGCGACCACCAGCAAAGCCUUAGGCACCUAGCCUUGGUUUAUGUUGUAGAAUCUACGGCGGUGACUCUCAAGGGCUUCAGUUGGAAUUACGUGUCCCCAGACAAUCCUUUGGUUCUUGCGAAACCAGACUUUACAGGUUUUAUUAGACUAGAGACUCUAGAAUUGUCAUUUGGUCGAAUACAUGACGGUUUGGUAAAUCUUGCCCUCCCUCCCACUCUCAAGUUCCUCGACAUUGAAGAUCACGAAUCCGAUAUCUCAACAAUCAGACAGCUAGAAGGAACUUAUCGUAGGCUAUUUAGGGGGUAUGUCCGGAAACAGUAUCUGAUGUCUGAUGGACUAUUAGAGCCUUCCUUGGAAGCAAUGGUAGUCCACGGAGAGUCAAAUAUAACAUUCCUCGCUAGGUCAAGAGAAGAAACUUUGAGGGGCACGAACGGGCACGGACGAGUGGCAACGAUGUCAAGAAAUGAUUUCAAACAAAAGUUCCCGGAUUUCAGUGAGAGGUACUAUCAGUUUGAUGCCGCAGACUAUCGUUGGAAAUGGAUUGAGCGAUUCGUUUAA